AUGUCGCUUCAGAAAAGUAUAAAGAGCACGGGGGAUCGCGGUGACCAGGCAGACAACACAUCAAUAUGCUCUUCGGUGACUACCCAGCCAGAUAGACAUGGCUUUUUUGGAGGAGCUCAGUACAGUCCAGAGCCGAAACGGACUUUGUCGCCGAGCACGAUCCUGAAGCGCGAGCAGAAGUGGCUGCGCAUGCUCAACAACUGGGAGGCCUUCAUGAGCAAGAACUACAGGAAGGUGCGCGAGCGCUGUAGGAAAGGCAUUCCAGCAUCGGUGCGUCCGAAGGCGUGGCUGUACUUGUGCGGAGGGCAACUGCUGCUGGAGAAGCAUCCGCACGAGUACGAGGAGCUGCUGCGAGCGCCCGGAGACCCCAAGUGCAUGGACGACAUCCGCAAGGACCUCCACCGCCAGUUCCCCUACCACGAGAUGUUCAUACGGGAAGAGGGCUUGGGGCAACAAGAGCUGUUCUCAGUGCUAAAGGCGUACUCGGUGCUGAACCCGAAGGUGGGCUACUUUCAGGCGCAGGCGCCGGUGGCCGCCUUCCUGCUCAUGCACAUGCCGGCCGUGCAAGCCUUCUGGUGCCUUGUCAGCAUCAGCGACAAGUAUCUCAGCGGAUAUUACAACCCUGGGUUGGAGGUGCUGCAGCGCGACGGCGACAUCCUGCAGGCGCUGCUGCGGCGCACGGCUCCGGCAGUGCACCGCCACCUGGCGCGCCACAAGGUGGAGCCCGUGCUCUACGCCACCGAGUGGUUCCUGUGCGCGCUCACCCGCACGCUGCCCUGGGACAGCCUGCUGCGCGUCUGGGACUGCUUCCUGUGCGAGGGCGUCAAGGUGCUGUUUAAGGCGGCGCUGGUGAUCUUGGCGGGCACGCUGGGGGACGCUGGUGCGAGGAAACGCGCUGCCGGGCUGUGCGAGACGCUGCAGCUGCUGCGCCACCCGCCGCCCGACGUGCUGGCCGAGCGCUACCUGCUGACGCGCAUGCAGCGCCUGCCGCUCUCCGAGGACGACUUCGAGCUCGAGCACCAGCGCCAGACCGCGCGCCGCCGGGCGCUGCGAGACCGAGACCGAGACCGCAGGUACGUGGAGAUGGAGACCAGCCGCCGGGCUGUGCGAGAUGCUGCAGCUGCUGCGCCUGCCGCUCUCCGAAAACGACUUCAAGCUCGAGCUCCGAGACCGAGACCGCAAGUACGAGGAAGGCAAUGUACCGUCGUAGUUUCCUCUCAGUAA